AUGGAGACAGAGGGCGUAGACAAGCUUCCUCUCACAGAGGCGUCGUUUCAGGCGCUGAGGGAGGCAUACGAGAGGCAGUGGUGCCAGACUCGGCUUCUGUGUGAAACGCAAACGUCGUGCGCUGACGGUCAUGUCGUCACAGCAGCUUCUAGCGCAGCUGAACACAUGCGCCGCCUGUGGGCUGAUACAGCGCGACUCCAUCAACGGUUCGUCGAGGUACAACAGCAUCACGGCCGCAGUUUCACACAGGAAGAGCGGACGUCUCUGCGCCUACUUGGCUUCCGCUCACCACCACCACCGGCUUUCAAUGACGCGCUGAUGCACACCGCGCCGCUAGUGCCAUCGCCUGUGAACGUCCCUCGUGAAUCAAGCGCUUCUCGACAAGCGGGAGAGCUAGUUGCGUUACGCAAGGAAUGCGCGAGGCUCCAACACCACGGCGCGCAGCUGCUGUCGAUCCUGGCAUGGUAUCAGCUCCGCGAGGCGCAUGCUCUUGGGUCGGACAAUGGUGCAAGGCUUCCCUCACCUUCACGGGGGACAUCUACCUCCGCCUCCGACGCCUAUGCAGAGCUCGCAGAGGUGCAGCGCCAAUAUAGAUCACUGCUCUUCCCAGCAGCAGCGGAGUACAGUCUCAUCCCGCCUGACAACAUUCAGCGGGCCGAGGACGUGGCCAUUGCAGAACUGCUCGUCGAGUGCGGGUUUCCUCGUCAUGUGCGCGUUGUUCGUCUUGGGUCAGACGACCUCUUCAUGAUCGAUCGCCCGGUGUGGAUCAGCUUUGCGUCUCCGCAGAGCGCCACGCUGAUGGUGCGCGACCCCGAAGGGCUCGACCAUGAUUGCACUCUGGAGUCGUACCUUACGGCGGUGUAUGCACCGCUUCUCCGCGCUUUUCACUGGAAAAAGUCUUCGACGGGAGCGCAGAAUGCUGGAGGGCGUACAACCGCAACCGACCCAGCGACACUGUGCUUCCCAGCCGUGCCCGUUACGCCUGCACCACUUCCUGAUGCGGUAACACGGGAGAGAUCGCCGUCGAUUCAGCAUUCUGUGCUGUCCCAGAUGACGUACGAGGAGCUUGUGGAGCUUAAACACGCGACGCUGCGGCGCCUUGGCCGCACCGGUGAGGCUGCUUCAUAA